AUGAUUUCAGCUUUCCGAUGCACUAUCAUUUGGGCUUUUGCCCUCAUGAUCGUGAUCGGCUCUCUCUCAGAGGCCACUCCGAUAGCAUCAGACGGCACCAGCGCAUACCAUUCCAUCUCUGCUCGAGCUGCUGCGCCGUGGCAAGCUCGACACAGAAUGACCUCUUCCGCCUUCCAAGACACGUUCGGCAAGCUGGUACAUGACAAGUAUCGCCUCACCUAUGUGAGCGGCUACACCAUCGACGAUGAUCCACGCUUCGCAGCCAUCUGGGACCAAAAUGGUUCUUCGGAUUGGGCUGCGAGGCACGGCAUGACCGGUGCGGAAUACCAGGGCCAGUUCAAUACUCUCGUUGGCAAGGGCUUCCGGCUCCGUCUCGUCAACGGAUACACCGUUGCGGGAGACGCCCGGUACGCAGCCAUCUGGGACAAAUCUGCGGGUCCCGCGUGGGUCGCUAGACAUGGCUUGAGCUCCUCGGAAUACCAGAGCGCGUUUGAUGCUUUCUCCUCACAGGGGUACCGACUGAAGCAUGUCAGCGGCUGCUCGCAGGGGAAUCAGGCCUCGUAUGCGGCGCUGUGGGAAAAGUCGACGACUAACAUUACAUGGGUUGCACAUCAUGGCAUGGCGUCGUCUGACUAUCAGGGGCUUUCUGAUAAGUACGUGGGGCAGGGCUUCCGUCUUGUUCAUGUCAAUGGCUAUGUGGUCAACAAUGUGGAUUAUUAUGCUGCGAUUUGGGACAAAUCGCCAAGUGGCCCUUGGGUUGCGAGACAUCGGAUGUCCUCGGCGGAGUACCAGAAUGAGUUUGAUAACUGGGUGGGUCAAGGAUAUCGGUUGACGCUGAUAUGUAUGCUGCUCUUUGGAUCAAAGAGUAGUAAGGUUUUGGAUAGGUUUGAGGUACUUCGGGCUCUUUUCUGA